AUGCAGACCCUAGUAUUUUUUGUGGAAUUGAGUUCAAUCCUUAGCAUCAUAACUACUGAGAAGGUAUCACCACGGCAAGGUCUGAAGUCCUUCAGAGAGGACUAUGACAGUAUCGCCAAAACAUGUGUGGCUGUUGGAUAUGUAAAAGACAACUGUAAACACAACUCGGAUAAAAGAAAUAUGGUUAUCGCAUUCAAUGCUAAAACCAAAGGAGGUGUCCAAACAGUAAAUAAGGGGAGGACUGUAAUCUUUGCAGAAGUUAGUCUAAAUAUAGGAAGAGGGUUAAAAGCCGACAAAGGGAUUUUUAUCGCCCCGAUUUCGGGUGUGUGCGUCUUUGACUGGACAACGAUGACGAACACCAAUAAAUACGCCCACACCGCUCUGUAUGUUAAUGGUAAAAUAAAGGAGACCAACCAUUGUCAAAAUAACAACCACUCCAUCCAAAUGGUAUGCAGUAAAAUGGCUGUCGUUAGAAUGGAAACAGGAGACGAGGCUUCUAUUAAAUGUUUUUAUGGAACAUCGUCUAUUUACAACUAUUACUCGUCUUUCUCUGGUUUCAUGUUAUAUAGAAUGCAGUUCAUAGGAUUUGUUGUGGGAUUGAGUGCAAUUCUUGGUAACAUAUCCUCUGAGAAAGUAUCACCAAAGCCAGGUCUGAAAUCCUUCAGGGACGACUAUGACAGUGUAGCCAAAACAUGCGUGGCUGUUGGAUAUGUCAAAGACCAUUGCAAAAAUAACCGAGACAGAAGUACUAAAAACAUGGUUAUUGCAUUCAACGCUAAAGCCAAAGGAAGUGUCCAGGCAGUAAGUAAAGGGAAUAUCGUCAUGUUUGGAGACGUUGAUCUGAAUAUAGGAGGAGGUUUUAACGCAGUCAGAGGGGAUUUCACCGCCCCCAAAUCGGGCGUGUACGUGUUUGACUGGACAAUAUUGACGGAACGAAAUAAAGCAGCAUACACCGCUCUGUACGUUAAAG